CCCGUUUCCGGACAUUUUGCCAUGACAUGCACAGGCGGUUCUCAAGGUGAGGAAUAUCCGCUAACAUUGAUCAUGUUGAUGCACGCCACGCAAAUUAGGUCAUCGGAACCACGUGGUCUCCUCUCAAGAGUCAAUCGGAGCAAUAACACGAAAUUGCGAGUUGAAGCCGAUGACGAAGAUGGAUUCACAGGACCAUGGUAUAUAGUAUUUGGUGGACACCAACUUAUGAAUAUUACUGUACAAGACAUUGUGAAUGGAAGUACAACCAUCAACGUCACUUCCCGGGACUUUCAAAUUCGUCAACGUAUUGACGUCAUGUAUAUGUCUGGUUCAUCUGGCGAUAGUGUUGCAUCCGAGUGUCGGUCUGAAGAUGCUGAUAAUGACAAGAUGUAUACAUGUAACCACACAGCCAUUAACUUCGAUGCGAUUUUGGUCUCUGUUUGUAACAUCGGACCGUUCUGCCGCCGGUUUUUGUGUGAUACAGAUAAAAAAAAUGUUAGAAUUGAAAGAAUGAAGAACGAGAGACCGAGAGUCAGGUGCCGGAGUAGGCCUACCAAUCCUACACAGCUCACCAACCAAAUAUUGAUUACAAUUGAUGUACAUGAAGACGGUGAUUAUGUCCACAACAUAACACUCCACAUUCUGGAGCUCAUCGAUUUGAGCACACUCCUGACAACUAAAAGCGUUGUAACAUCUUCCAUGGCGUUAUCGAGUGAUCCAGCAACUGCUUCAUCGACGACUGAAGAAAUAAGAGCAGAAAGUACGACCUUGGCAUCAACUCCAGGACCAGAUCCAGGAACUAAUGGGGAAACCUCGUCUUCAGCUGUUAGAACCUCACAGAUGCUGGUGUCGGAUGUUACAACAACUACUUCAUCGAUGACCGAAGACAUGUUAGUAGAUAUGACCACAUUGUCAUCAGCAAUGAUAACAACAGAACAAGAUUUAGGAACCAAUAGAAGAAUAUCGUCAACAAACCCUAUUAGCUCAAUAAUUCCAGCCGUUGUUGUCGUGUUUCUGCUGAUUGUUGCCAUUGGAGUCAUCUGCUACAAGAGAAGACAAAAAGUGUCAAAACCAGCCAUUCAGGAUUAUCAACGUGACUCCAUGACCGUUCUCAAUCCAGGUUUUACCAGCACUGGUGUCGACCAAAAUGACUACAUAGAAUGUUUAAACCCCGUAGAGGGUGCUACAAUGCCUGUAUCUUCAGGGGAAAGUCAACAAUCACACGAAUACUCCGACUUACCUGCAACCGUGCAACCUUCUAAAGAAGGUGACGAUUUUAUUUAUAAUGAGGUUGGAGAACAGGAUUAUAAUGUAUUGUUUGGAGGAAAAGAACAUGGCGAUUAUCACGAGUACAAUCUACCAGAAAAUGCACGAAAUACGAAAAGCGGUACAUAUCAAGAUCUCUUGAAACAAGAAAUUUCGGAUAACACUAGUUCCCACCAACAUGUCCAAGGCUCUGAAUGGAGAGGUGUUGGGCUUACUUUGGGCGGUGACAAAGAGAAAGCCCUGAAGCACCAAAGGGGUGAAACUGAAACAGACAAAAGAUAUGAAAACUUACGUGAUGGCGAUUCCGACUACACUUCUCUUCUGCGCGAGGGUUCACCUGGGAGUCCUGCUUCGCCGAAAAUUCCCUUAAAUGCAGGCUCUGAACUACCAAGUUCAGUUACUGACCAACGAAGUGAAGACAUCUACAAUGAGGUCGGAGAAGAAGACUACAAUACCCUGUUUGGGGGUAAAGAACAAGGUGAUUAUCAUGAUUACACCCUUCCAGGAUGUCCACAGAAAAUACCGAGUGCACAAAAAAUGCAAAAUGCACCUUACCAAGAUCUUCUGAUACAUGGAAAGCAGGAAAAUAUUUUCAAGCCGAAACAUCUGGACUCUCAAGAUCAAAAUGAGAGAAUGGUUCAGGCUGAAACGGAUAAUGAAGGAUACCAGGAUUUGCGUAAGGGUGAUAACAAUUACACGUCCCUCCAUCUUAACUCUGAUACACCUUCGAAACCUGACGAGAGUCAGGUCAACGAGUCUCUCUCACGAAUGGAUACUAAUUACCAGGGACUUCGGAAGAGCGAUCCGGAGUACGCAUGCUUGGAACCUAAUGUAGACAAUGAAUAUCCGAUAGAUCCAAAGACAGGCUCACUUUCAAACCCCGAAUACCAGACUCUGGAGCCUAGCUCUGAUUGUACUUUCGAUGAUAGUGAUGACAUCAUUCCCGACUAUGCAGUCUUAGAACAAACUGAUAUUGAGGCAGUAACUGAUUGUAGCCCUAAUAAUGAUAUAGCAAAUGGCCAGGAACAUACCUAUGAAUCCCUAAAGCGUGAUCAAAGGAAUCCUGGUGCAGAGAAAGGGGUGAUAUCUGAUUAUGAAGAUCCUGUACAGGUUAUUCCAGAAGAGCCAUACGACAAUCUCCAACGAAAGGAAUUGUCAAAAUCAUUUUAUCCACACGCAAUGGAAGAGAAGGAUGGCGAUGGUUAUGAAGAUCCUCGUCUUGCUGUUGAAGAUUCCGCCAACGCCUAUCAGAGCUUGGACAGCCUCGGAUCUCCAGAGCACGAUCAGACCAAUGAAGAGAGCGACUAUUCACACCUUCAGAGGAACCCCAGAGAAACAACCUCCAAAGACUUGAUCCAUGUUCUUGAUUCAAAUAAUCAUUAUGGGAAACUUAACUUUGAAGCAAAAGAAUAG